AUGAGCUGCCCGAGAGAAAUAGUAGACGCCAGUCAAGGCAAUGGCGGUGGUGUGGGCAAGAUGGACACCCCCAAACCCAAUGGUUGGUCUCCAGAUAGCAAGGUGCUGCCCGACGCGCUGGACGACGGCGAGCAGCAGAUCAUCGAGGCCGCUAUCGGUCUGGGAGCGCUCUCAAUUCCGUCCGCCUUUGCAGCCUUGGGAAUGGUUGCAGGGGUCAUCUGUUGUGUGGGUAUUGGGCUAAUUGCCAUCUAUACAUCCUGGAUCAUCGGAAAGGUGAAACUCGCCUUUCCUGGCGUCCGACACUAUGGCGACGCCGGUGGUCUCUUAAUGGGCCGUGUGGGCAAUGAACUGUUCACCUUCAUGUUGAUCCUGCAGCUUGUCUUCCUCACUGGGUCAAAUUGCCUAACGGGUACGAUUGCAUGGCGCCAUAUCACGGAUAGCAACAAUGUCUGCUCCGUGGUCUUCAGCAUUGUUUCUGCCGUGAUUCUUCUGUUACUAUCCAUCCCGUCAUCCUUUGCCGACAUGGCUUGGCUGGGCUACAUUGAUUUUGUAUCGAUCGUGGCCGCUAUUGGCAUCACAAUCAUAGCCACCGGUAUCCAAGGCACUCAGUCGGGACUCUCCAAGGUCGACUGGUCGGCCCUUCCACAGGGUGAUCCAAGCUUCUCGGAUGCCUUUAUUGCCAUUAGCAACAUUGUGUUUGCGUACACGUUCGCCAGCUGCUUGUUCUCCUUCAUGGACGAGAUGCACACCCCGAAGGACUUCACCAAAUCGAUCUGGACCCUUGGUAUCCUGCAGAUCGUAAUCUAUACCGUCACCGGAGCGACCAUCUACGCCUUUGUCGGCCAAGAGGUCCAAUCGCCUGCGCUCCUCUCCGCUGGCUCCCUCGUGAGCAAGGUUGCCUUUGGCAUAGCGCUCCCGGUGAUCUUCAUUUCCGGCGCGAUCGGAACGAUUGUCGCAGGGCGUUUGAUCCACGGCCGUAUCUACGAAAACAGUGUGACCCGUUAUGUUAAUACAACCAAGGGCUGGAUUACCUGGUUGGCUCUCAUCACGGUCCUCACGAUCCUGGCCUGGGUGAUUGCAGAGGCGGUUCCAUUCUUCGACGAUCUACUCUCGAUCACGUCGGCGUUGUUCACAUCGGGGUUCUCGUUCUAUCUACCCCCGGUGAUGUGGUUCUUCCUCCUUCGCAAGGGCAGCUGGUGCUCGCGGGAAAACCUUCCCCUCAGCAUUGUGAACCUCUUUGUGUUCAUCUUCGGUCUCGUCGUGUUGGUCGGCGGCCUUUAUUCCAGUAUCCAGGAUAUAAGAAACAAUUAUCGCACUGGCAAUGUCCACAGUCCAUUCACCUGUGGUGCGGUCUAG